AUGAGUUCUCACAUCGUGGCGUAUAGAUCCAUACUUCCGAUUGGACUUACGAGCUUCUUGCUCUCGUCGUUGUCACGCUAUUCUUUAGGCAUUUCCCAAGACAUAGGAGAUGCUACGGUUCCGACUUGGGAAUCGAUAAAGAGCCAUAUCGAAGAUGAGUUCUUCCAUUCUGGUGGAUUUGUAGCGUCGUUUGUUGUCGACUUAAUCAUCGAAGAUCAUAAGUGGCGAGUCUUGGAGCUCACUUUUGUUUUGAUUAUUCAUCUCGUCUUGGCUAGUGGAGGUUGGAGAUACGGACACAGGAGUCUUGGAAUUACGAGCUUUCGUGAGUCACCGAUCGAGUUAGAGAUGGGUACCGGAAGUAACGGCGAAUUGAAGUAUGAGAUCUCCCAGAACGCGUACAUUAAACUCGUUCUCCACUCUCUACGACACAAGACGGCGGCGGUCAACGGAGUCCUCGUCGGUCGAAUCAGCCCUAAGGACGACGGAGUUGUUGAGAUCUCCGAUUCCGUGCCGCUCUUUCACUCUAACCUCGCUCUCCUUCCUCCUCUCGAGAUCUCCCUCAUCAUGAGGUUCGAUGAUGUUGAGCUCUGUGGUGUGGCUAAGAACAUUGGCGAUCACAUCUCUCGCUAUUUCCUUCAGGCACCGAUUCUCUUGUUGAACAGCAAAAAACUUGAGGCCUUACCAAAGGGUAAAGAUCGAAGCCCUGUGAUGCAGCUCUGUGUGAAGGAUGCUUCUAAGAACUGGAGAGUGGUUGGAGCAGAUGGAGGAAGCAAGCUACUCUUGAAAGAGCCAUCGGCUAAUGUAGUUUUGUUGGAUUACAUUUCAUCUGAGAAAUGGAAGGACGUCACAGAUGUUGAUGAUCAUCUUGACGAUGUCACCAAGGACUGGCUAAACCCUGGACUUUUCAACUGA